GCGCCUGCGCAGUGACGAGGCCACCGGGAAGCUGCCAGGUUGAACUUCAAGCGUCACAGUUUAUCUUUUUAUUUCCAUAAAUACAUGGUGGUUUUCAGCGGCUUCGUCCAGCCAUGAAUGCCGAUAUAAAGAGAGAGCGGGAGAAUGCCACGUUUGACAUCGAAAAGAUGACCCACAUCUUGGACGGGUCGCCGGAAAAGACCAAAAGAAGACGAGAAAUCGAGUCGUUGGUUUUCAACGACCCAGACUUCGACGAGGAGGACCCGAACUUCCUGUCCCGCAGCGAGCGCUACGACCAGGCCGUCAGGAAGAGCGCUCAGAUGAUCCUGAAGAUGCGAGAGUUCGGCAUCGCCGACCCCGAGGAGAUCUACCACUACAAGAGCUGCGUGCACCCCGACAGGCCGUCUCCCCUGGACCUGCACCUGGCCAUGUUCCUGCCCACGCUGCUCAACCAGGCCGCCCCCGAGCAGAUGGACCAGUUCUUCAUGCCGGCCUGGAACCUGUCCAUCAUCGGCACCUACGCCCAGACCGAGAUGGGCCACGGGACCCACCUCCGUGGGCUGGAGACCACGUCCACCUACGACCCGGCCACGCAGGAAUUCGUGCUCAACAGCCCCACCGUCAGCUCCAUCAAGUGGUGGCCCGGAGGACUGGGGAAGUCGUCCAACCACGCCAUCGUGCUGGCGCAGCUGCACACGCUGGGCCGCUGCCACGGCCUCCACGCCUUCAUCGUGCCCAUCCGGGACAUGGAGACGCACCAGCCGCUGCCUGGCAUCGUGGUCGGAGACAUCGGGCCCAAGUUCGGCUUCAAUGAGGUGGACAAUGGCUUCCUGAAGCUGGAGAACGUGAGGGUUCCCCGCGAGAACAUGCUGAUGAAGUACGCCAAGGUGGAGCCGGACGGCGUCUACGUGAAGCCGCCCAGCGACAAGCUAACGUACGGCACCAUGGUGUUCGUCCGCUCCAUGAUCGUGGGGGAGUCGUACCGGGCGCUGGCCAAGGCCUGCACCAUCGCCAUCCGCUACAGCGCCGUGCGGCACCAGUCCGAGCUCCGGCCGGGUGAGCCGGAGCCCCAGAUCAUGGACUACCAGACGCAGCAGUACAAGCUGUUCCCCCUGCUGGCCUCCGCCUACGCCUUCGCCUUCGUGGGCCAGUACAUGACCCAGACCUACCACCGCAUCUCCGGAGACAUCAGCCAGGGAGACUUCAGCCAGCUACCCGAGCUCCACGCCCUGUCGGCCGGCCUGAAGGCCUUCACCACCUGGGAAGCAAACUUCGGCAUUGAGGUUUGCCGCAUGUCGUGCGGCGGCCACGGCUACUCGCGCAGCAGCGCGCUGCCGGACAUCUACGUGGAGUUCACGCCCACCUGCACUUACGAGGGCGAGAACACGGUCAUGAUGCUGCAGACGGCCAGGUACCUGGUGAAGAGCUUCCGGCAGGCCCGGGCCGGCCAGCGUCUGAGCGGCAUCGUGUCGUACCUGAACGAGCCGCAGGACCGGAGGCUGCAGCCGCAGGCGGCCGGGGCCAGGCCGGCCCUGGUGGACGUCAACGACCUGAGCAGCCUGGUGGCCGUGUACCGGCUCCGCGCCGCCGCCCUGGUGGAGAUGGCGGCUAAGAACAUCCAGCAGGAGCUGCAGCGCCGGGCCAGCCAGGAGGAAGCCUGGAACAACAGCGCCAUCGACCUGGUCCGAGCCUCCGACGCUCACUGUCACUACGUGGUGGUGAAGAUCUUCACGGAGAAGCUGGCGGAGGUCCGAGACCCGGCCGUGCACUCGGUGCUGUCCACGCUGGCGCUGCUCUACGCCCUGAACGGCAUCACCAGGAACUCCGGGGACUUCCUGCUGGCCGGGCUGCUGAGCGUGCCCCAGGUUCUGCAGAUCUCCGUCCGGAUCAAGGAGCUUCUGUCUCAGCUCAGACUCAACGCCGUGUCUCUGGUCGACGCCUUCGACAUCCACGACAAGAAGCUGAACUCGGUGCUGGGCCGCUACGACGGGAACGUGUACGAGCACAUGUUCCAGUGGGCGCGCCGCUCGCCCCUCAACGCCACCGAGGUCCACGAUUCCUUCCACAAGUACCUGAAGCCGCUCCGGUCCAAGCUGUGAGCCGUCGGGGGACCAGAGACCCGGCUGAGACCCCCAGCUCUGCAGGAAGCAGCUACGCAGUAAUUACAGUCACAUUAAUCCAUUAACAACUCACCAUAAUCAGCCCCCCGGCUCUCCGUGGUAGUAGAACACAACCAGCCUUUUAAAGGCCUUUAAAGACCUUUAAAAGGACUUUAAAGGCCUCCGGCCUGCAGACUAACCCUGGACGUCUGUAGAGACUCAGCAGGGGGGCUUGUAGUUGAGGGGUCCAACGAAAAGUAACGAACGUGAAGUUAAAACCCCCAAAAUAGCUUUAAGAAUCCUGAAAAACAAUCAAAACGUCCUCCACAGUCUUCGGCCGUCGGCUCUCUCAACAGAUCUUUACUGUUUUCUGUUCGUCUUCUGUUGAGCUGAGAGAUUUCAUCCACGAGCCAGAGAAAGAUAGAGGUCUCUUUUUUUUGUAAAAAUAAUAAUUGCAAAAUGUUGUGAAUUUGAGUGAAUCAUCAUUUAACCUUGAAAAUGGUACCAGAUUUACGUUUUUUGCAGCUGCUCGAAGCAUUAAAGAUGUUAAUUUAUCUCCAGCUGUUGUUCCUCAGACUGCACCUUAAACCGGGGGUUUCCAGCCGUUUCUGCACCGCCGAGCGGUUUAAUGACGACAAGUCGCCCGUUAAACGCUCGCCGGCGCCGGUUACGGUAGUUUAACGGUGUUUGAGGCGACACGACUCGGCGCUGAAGCUGGAAAUGUUUCACAAUGCUCACUGAUGACUGCUGUACAUGAUGAUGAUGAUGAUGCUGAUGAUGAUGCUGCGUUCAGGGUCAUCACGGAAGAUUGGAUGCCCUGGGGACCCCCUGCUUUAACGUUAAAUGGAAGAAGAUGAUGCUUAAGAAACACUUUGACUGUAAAAUUGCACUUUGAAUUAGUUUGUUUUUAUCGACGCUCCCUUUUCAGGAUGAAAUCCUGUUGGUCCAAAAGCUCUUAAAGGCAGGGUAAGCAGUAUUUGGAUGGAGACACAGAGCUAGCUCCUCCCUCGUCUGUGAUUGGCUGGGACGGUGUUUGUCAUCGUGUCUCAUGCACAGUGUGAAGAACAGGGUUUGGGGUGAGGAGACGUCGACUGAAUGGGGUAGAACUCGUCUGGAAUCACUUAAUGUGCUUCAUUUAAUCCUCGGCUCAAGUCUCGACCCUUGAGCCGAGGAUUAAAUUGAGCCCUUUGGGACUUUAAAGUCUCUUUAUAAGAAAAUGUUCACGCUUUUGUUAAUUUGGCACCCUGAGUGGUGGAUCAUGGGAGAGUUAUUACUUGUUUAAUUGUGUCGGAGGAGCAGAUUUUCUUCUGCAGAAGCGUGAACUUGGUGGUUUUUGACUUCUGCGCUUUAGUAUUAACCCUUCCUGCCUUUGGGGUUGAUUCAUAUCAACAAGGACCACCUGUCGGAUUCUUACGGAAGAGUAUUAGGGAAAAAUAAAAAUAAUAUUUUAGAGGGGGAAGAUUUUUUUUUUUUCAUUAUGCACUUCGAGAAAAAAGUCAAAAUGUCGCGAAAGAAGUCGAAAUGUUGAGAAAGAAGUCGAAAUGUUGAGAUUAAUGUUGAGAUUAAUGUUGAAGUACAAUUCUUUAUUCACAAAAUUUCUACUUUAUACACGAAAUUUCGACUUUUUUCUAGAAAUUGUAUUUCAACAUUAUUUUGACUUUUUUCUUGACAUUUGACUUUUUUCUUGAAGUGCACAAUAAAAAUCUAAAAUCUAAAAAUCUUCCUCCUCUCAAAUAUUGUUUUUGCAUGGCCCUAAUACUCUUCUGUAGAUUCUGGAUCAAUUAUUUCUUUUUGUGAUGGAUUUCAGAAUAAAAGCUCAACACGCCCCAGGCUCACACUGACUGAAAUUAUCAACAAAAUACUGAGUAACUUUAAGCGUUUAUGACUGUAACAGCAGUAUGAUUUAAAAAAAGGAGGAGCUUUAUUGUAAAGCCUCCCUAAAAAAAGCUGUGAGGAUGAUGUUCGUGGUAAAACGUGCCUGAGGAAGUUUCCUCCCUUAACUUCAUUAACAGAGAUUGUUCGCUCCCAAUAAUUUCAUCCCCGUCAUUUCAACUUAAGCUGUUAAUUAUUUAGUUCUUUGUGAAAGAUAGAAAUGUUAUUUCCAUGUAAUAACUGUUUGUUAAAUAUGUUUCACUGGAAUUUGUCAGGAUGAUUUUGUUGAUUAAUGACGAUUGUAAACAUGAUUUUUAAUGGCAUGACCUUAAAUAUAUUAGUAAAAAAAAUGAAGAAAAA